GGCUGAGCCCUUUGCGGCCGCCGCACUCCUCCCCGUCUUCCCCAUUCCACCACCAGCAGUUCGCCACCGCCACCGCCGAUCCACCGGGCGGCGUCCGUCCAUGGCGAACCCAAGGAGAGCUAUCGCGCUGCACAUCCAGACCCAACCGCCGCCUCUCCCCACCACCACCCCACUGCCGCCGCACUCCUCCCUGGGGUCGUCGCUGCUGCAUUUCCUGAAGCGGCCGGCGUCCUUCCCGUUCCUCCUUUCCCUCUUCGUCCUCCUCACCUGGCUCUCGCUCCGCUUCCACCGCCCCUCCCCGCCCCCGUCGCUCGGAGGCCGCCCCGCCGUCGUGCACGAACCCCAGGCCAACCUCGUCCGCUUCCCCGCCGAGCUUCACCCCACCCCCAUCGCCCGCGACGGGCGCGGGUGGCUGCUCGACCCCGUCGCCGCAGCCCGCGACGCCGGCCUUCCAGGUGGUGCAUUUGCUUGUUUAUCGCUGCACGUAGGACAGAUCCAGCCAGGUGGUUUGCGUGGCAAUCAUCGUCACCAUACGUGCAAUGAGACAUUCGUCAUCUGGGGUGCAAAGACAAAAUUCAGGUUAGAAAAUGCUGACGUAAAAGAUAAGGGAUAUGGAGAGGCCAUAAUUGCAGCUGACGAGGUCGGCAUUGUUGCAAGUACAAGAUCGACUGCGCAUGCCUUGAUCAAUAUGGAUGUGCAACCUACCUUCUUCAUCGGAUGUCAGGAUACACUGAUAAAUCCUAACAGCUCAAAUACUGACUACAAGGUCUGGAAAGAUCUAUGACACACACAUUGUUUGUAUAAUCCAAUGGUGAGCAAUUGUCUGUCCAGAUAUGAUGGGUAGAAAGUAGAAACGGAAAGCAACUUGGUGGAAAAAAUCAUUUUGGUACAAUCAUAGUUCAUUCUACGGUCAGAUAUUCAUGUAUAGUUGCUGGGACGAAAGCAGUUGGCUAUUUGUUCUUUUGGCUAUCAUGGCAUUCGUUUCGGUAGCAAGGGUUAUUUUUAUAACUUUUUUACUCUGCUGAGUAUGAUCCCCCGGUAUCUCAUUAUGAUCAGCUUUCUUAAAUGGUGGUUGCUAACUUUCUGUUUGGAGAUUCACUGGAAAAUAGACAGUCUCUUCGAGGUUCAGUUUGGCUGCUACUUGAGCUACAUUUAUUCCUUUUCAGUUUUCAGCUGUCAUUGAGUAGAUAGUAAUAGUAUGCAGGGUAAAGAUGUGUAAUAGCCUUUUGUGAUCACAAAGGACAAGGAUGCUCGUGCUGCUGGCAUGAAUCUGUGAUGUGAUUUCGUUGAUGAAUCAAUGAUUGUGCGCUGUUUGCCCUGCUCAA